UUGAUUUUUAAGGCAUGCGAAACUGAGCCCGAUGCUGCAGCACGACCAUUUGCAGCAGAGAAUGGUGGUUUUGAUGAAACUGAAUCUUCUGGUACGGAGGAGCAGCUGCAUGAGGUACAAAUGCCAACAGCGGCGGAUAGUGUUCACCCUGGAAGAAGUAUGGUUGCCGGAAGAUGUCGUCAUCCGGCAACUUCCGGAAAUGCAGAUGGUACAGAGCAAGAUUCGCAGCAUAUUAUUCCUCCGGAUCUUCCAACUGACGAUGAUGUUCCGUUUGAAGAAGUUCGCAUCAGCGGACCUGAUGAAAGUGUACGAGUAGAGCAGAAUACAGCAUUAGAGCCUGCGAAUCUGGCGAUAAUUGUGAGCGCAUCAGAAUCAGACGAUACUGUUUCAACUGUUUGCUUGACAACCACGGAUGAGGAAAAAGAAACGAUCGAUGACAAUCAGUUACAACAACCGUAA